AAACACCUUAGUAAGUGCAUAUAUAUCAUGUUUACUAACGUAAAGUUCGAUAUCAAACUGUAAAAAAAGAACAAUGAUAUAGCAAGACAUUACAGUGAUAAGUUAAUGAAUGACAUGUGUGGGCAUAUAUAAAGUCGGUUUAUAUUAAUGCCCAUCUUUUUGGUUGAAAAGGUCAAUAUGAUGUUAAUGAAGUUGCCACAUCCCAUCCUGGUCAUGGUGUUGUUGAGCAAUAUUCCAGUGAAUAGUACAGAAUCUACACACAAUUUACAGUUUGUGAUGAAUUAUUCGGCAAACGAUAUAUUGUUGUAUCCAUUCGAAGACACCAAAAAGCAUAUAUCCAGCGACGAAGAUGAUCCACGAACAAAAACGAGCUUGGGCUUACUGCGACGGAGGAUAUCACAACCAUUCAAAGACCCAGAGAGGCAUGUAUUCUCGGAGGAAUAUGCACCACUAACAAGAACAAGAAGGAACUCAUCUCGAAGGAUGAUAUCCCGGCCAUUCUUUCUCAAACUUCUAAAAUCCUUAGGCAUCCAUGUCAGAUUUAAUUGGAAACGCAACCAAUUGCAGUUGUUACUUUGGUCAUAAUUUCAUCUAAAUAUAGACGUGUAGUUCUGGUAAUUGUAAAAACGUUUAACCCUUAAGAUCUACCAAUAAGUUUGAUAAAUUUCUUUUUUUUUUCGUUUACGUCCAAAGAAUAAACUCACUGUCAUUUAUUCUGUGUGGUUUUUUUUCUGUUUGCAAAAUGUAUGAGCACAUAUAUAUAUCCUUUACAGAAAAAAAAAUCAUGAUAGUAAGCCUUCUCUAAAUUCCUGAUCAAACAACGUACAAAAUAUAAAAUCAUAUAUCAAAUGAAACAGUUUAUUCACAACGUGCGUUUUAACUUCUUCUUGGCAUUUCAUUUUCUUUCUCGUCAUCUGUGUCAUUCUCCUGUACUCUACCUUUUCUCUUUAGCACUGCCAUUUCACUGUCCUUAUGUCGGAGUUUUCUCUCCAGUUUCCAUAUAACUUCAUCUUUUUCCUGUUAUUGUUUCUUGCUUUCCUCCUCUCCCUUCAUAAGUUUCCUUUCAGCUGUCUUGACAUCCUCUUCGUUAGCUUUCAAUCUCUGCUCUGCAAUAUAACGGACCAUUCCCAUAUCUAUUGGACUCAGCCUGGUGACUUAUACGCAGUCAUUAAUAUUGUUUAAGUAAAUAUGUUGUAAUUAUCUGCAUACUUCAGGAAAUA